CGAAAAUCCAAGAUGGCGGACAAAAGUCGGCUUGUUUACAAGGCUGCAAAAAGAUUCUUGGAUCGUCAAGCUAUAGGGGAGAAUGUAGGCAAAUUUGCUGUACAACGCACUAUUGAACAUUUAAAAAGAUGUAAUGUUGUCUUAAAUGAGGAUCUUAAACGGAUGAGAAUUAAUCUUGUUGAACCCGUUGAGAAACACAACGUCGGUGCACAGUGAGUAUACUAGUAUUAAAUUAAUGGUAAACGGUUUUGUCGCCCGAAAGUUAACUCGCCAGAAAUGCUGAGUCAUGUCGCCCGAAUUUUAUCAGGUGAAGUGUACAGAGAAACAAAGUUAAUUGAUUUUUGUAAAAUAAAGAGUUUCUGUAAUAAGUCUCGUUCUUUACCAUAUCAUGAGACGAAACAAGCAGAAUGAAUGUGUAACAUACCUCGUUCUUUAAACAAUGAUGAGACGGAAGUAGGGGUAUAAAUGUGUAAUAUAUCUCGCUCUUUAACCCUUGAUGAACAAUGAAACAAGCGUGAUAAAUGUGUAAUGAGGAUGCUAGGAUGUUUUUGAGCAUAAAAUUUGGAGCCAUAUAACUCUGCAUUUCUGGGGACUUGACUUAAAAUUUCGGGCGACAUAACUUCGGGUGAGAUGUUUUUUCGGGCGACUUGACCUUAAAUCAUAGUAAUCAUAUCAGUAACAUUGAAAGUAUUGAGCCCCUAUAUUGGUACCUGUGGAUGCUGAUUUCAUUGCACGCUUUCCAUCAAAUCUUGUUUUUCAGGCGAAAUCUUCACAAUAUUAAUUAAUAUAAGAACAGGCCACUUCUGAGUUCCAAGAACCCUCAUAAAACAAGAGAAUAUCCUUUCUUGUGAAAAUCAGUUUUAUUCGCGGGAGAGUGAAAAAAAUUUCCAUAACAAAGGCUGGCCACUUACAUGUAACCUCGUCAUGAUACAGAGGCCCAGGGGAACUCGGAAAUGGCCUGUUUGUUUGGGUAUGUGGUAAUGCUACCAGCAAGCUCAGUGCAACUACAAUGCCGCGCAACCACAAAAUAUAAGUAUAACAACACUGCAUUACACUUUUUUGGUAGGUUAUUAAGCUGUCUUUGCAUGACUAACAUUGUCAAACUUGAUUGAAAUGGCAAUGCAAUCUUUGCUUUAAUCUCUAAGGAAACCAGUCAUUUUGGUGUGAACUCAGCUGGGAAAUGGCACAGAAAUGUUGUUCACUCUGUAUAGUUUGUUUGUGAACAAGAAAAACAUUUUGGGUGAACAAUCUCCUUUCAUUAUAUUAUAUUAUAAAGCCAAUGGAGUGAAACUGUGCAGACCUCAACCUUAGGGGGAAAGUGUGUAAAGUAAUUUACAUGCUGUAGGUGACACAUAACCUUUUUGCUGGACGCGCUGGUGUCACNGUCAAACUUGAUUGAAAUGGCAAUGCAAUCUUUGCUUUAAUCUCUAAGGAAACCAGUCAUUUUGGUGUGAACUCAGCUGGGAAAUGGCACAGAAAUGUUGUUCACUCUGUAUAGUUUGUUUGUGAACAAGAAAAACAUUUUGGGUGAACAAUCUCCUUUCAUUAUAUUAUAUUAUAAAGCCAAUGGAGUGAAACUGUGCAGACCUCAACCUUAGGGGGAAAGUGUGUAAAGUAAUUUACAUGCUGUAGGUGACACAUAACCUUUUUGCUGGACGCGCUGGUGUCGCAUUACAAGCUAAGAAAUACAAUAUUGAGAUCUGUGGAUGCUAGAAAAUGUUAAAUCUUAACUUUUGUUCAACGAAAUGUAUAAAAAAAUGACUUACUUCUGAUGUGUAGCACUUUGUUUUGGUGUUUGAUCAUUGUUCAAUGGAUUGUUAGGCUGAAUAAUUGCAUAACCAAUGUAACUCCCUUCAUAAGAUGAAGUCAAGGCUGGUCUUAGUGAUCUGACACCUCGCCAGGGUGACAAUUGACACUGACAUGACGGUUUGAUGGGCAAAAAUGCUUUGUUAUAGUAACUGCUGCUUUACCCACCACCACACCCUUGCACCUAUUGUGUCAGUGUCAAUUAUCACCCUGGCAAGGUGUCCAAUUUCAGAUGCAAAUUAGGUAGUAAGCACAAAGGCAUCCAAAAGGUACUGGAGGAAAGCCAGAAAGACCGUGAGGUUUGGUGCAAAUGGCUUGAUUUGAAUCUUGCAGAGAGGAAGAACAGGUUUCCUUCUUGGGCCGGAGCAGAAAACAUUUGCAGUGGAUUUGAAUUUCAGCAAAAAACAGCAUUUUUGUUGCGACUGGUCCAUGACCCUGCCAGAUCGCAAUGACCAACCUUGUCAUCAACCUUGUCCUUGUUGUCAUCUUGAGUUAAGUAAUGUUGUUUACACAAUUCCGGCCAAAAAUCCGUUGAAACAACGAAAAAACACCAAAACACAGUGGAAUUCAUCAGGGCUGGGUUCCUUGAAAGAUGGUUAAGUUUAACCCAGCAUUAAGCCAAAUUUUAAGCAAGGUUGUUUCGUCUCAGAACAUACAACUUGAAUUUUCAAAAUACUGUUGAGUCGUUACUCCAAGAUAUAGUAAUAAAAUGUUACUCUAAGCAAUACAUAGGAAAGUAUAAUAUAAAAACAAAACAAAACUUUAAUCCUGGAUUAGCACUUAUCUGUAAGUCAUUUUAAGUAAGUCAUUAAGUAAGUCAUUUUAUAUUUCCUUGAACAAAAGAUUUAUAGAUUUAGCUUUUUUUUUUUUAGCAUUUGCAGCUCUCAGUAUCAUACUUUUCAAACUACCGUAUUUAUUUGAUUAACCGCCCUGGGCGCUUAUUAAAUUUUUGGAUCUUUAGAGUGGGCGUUUAUUCGCGGUGGGCGCUUAGUAUAUUUUGCAACAAAACAAUAAAUGGUACUAACAAAAAGUGAAGAUGUAGCAAAGCAAGGUUUCUUUAAAAUACUCCGAAGAAAACUCCGUCUUCGGGAGGGUCUCUUAUUAUCUCUUAUUGGAGUUUUUGUGGGAGGGAGUGGGGUGUGGUGGGCGCUUCUUCGAGGCUGGGCCAUAUUGACGUUUUCUGCCUUUAGCAUGGGCUCUUAUUCGAGGUGGGCGCUUAUUCGAGGUUGGGCGCUUAUUCCAAUAAAUACGGUAAGUCUCUUAUUUUCAACGGUUGCUUGUAAUGUGACACCAGCAAAAUGGUUACACGUCACUUAUGGCAUGUAAAUUGUUUGGGUCAACUUUUGGUCAAACCUGUAAUAAAUGGUCCAUCCGUAUUAAGCGAUCAGUAAGCCAUUCCCCAAGGGUGACUGCAGCUCAGUUCAGGUUUGACUGUAGCUUGAAGCUUGUGCAGGUUCUUCUUAGGCCAGUUUUUGUGCCAGUUUUAACCUUGGUUUCAUUUAGAUUUCUUUGGAAAGUAAAACUUAUAUGGGAUUUGUUUUGUUUUCAGUCGUUUUUUCUGGGAGAACUUUCCACAGCUCAAGUUUAAGAACCCACAUGUUAAAUUUUCAAGAGUGGGAAAGAAAUCACAAAUAUCUGACGAACUUAUGUUACAAUUUGGUAAGUCUGACUCAGCCCUGUUGGGUUAUUUACAUGUUGGUUGUCUAUUAAAGGAUUAACACACUUGUACAGUACAUACCUCACUGUUAAGCAGUAAAUUUAAGAAAAGUUCGGUUAAAGACAAAGAUUGUGUUGCUUUAGUUAAGCUGGUCACAGGUUUGAAGUAAUAAUAUAAAUUGUAUUAUAUUGACCAGAAAUAGCAGGGACAAAAAAAUUCUUUUCUUAUUACUUCAAAGGAAACGGAAGAGAGGAAAAAAUAUUGAUAAUAGACAAGAGUCCCUCGCAGAUAAUGCAAGAAGUAAUCAAAAUUGGUACAACAUCUGCCACAAGGUAG